UGUAUAGGCUUUCCAGAGCCGAUUCACACAAAACUGUAGCAGGCGUUCGCGGGUGUGUUGCUAGAAUGUUAAACCUUAAAACACAGACUGUAUGAGAAAGGGAUAAAACAUCCAAAUAACACAAGGCAUUCCGCGGUGCAGCUAACUUGGACGUUACUUGAGAAAACUUUGGUAGCGAUCAUCCUUCAUCCCCUUGGGAACAUGGAUCUCGGCGUGCCGUUGAGCUCUGUCUGCAGAGUGAUGAUGAAAGAAGAUUUAAAGGACGAAGGAUAUGGUCAUGUGAUUGCAUGUCCAGAUGAAGAAGAAGAGCCCUUUGCAGAGCUUUACUGUAAAACUGAAACAGACGAGUCCAACGUUACUUACCCCGAAACACCACGGACAAGAGUGGAGAUUGAAGUGAAUGAAAGGGAGCAGGAGAGCGAUCUACUGGAAAAACUGGAGUCUGAAAUGUCAGGAUUUACUGAAUCGACACCGCUGCCCAUGCCAGUGAAGGAGAUAAAAGAAGAAGAGUUUGAUGAUUUCCUUCAAGAGUACAUGUUUGCAGACCAGGAAGUAAAAGGAGACCUCGGACUGGAUUAUGACUGCAAGACUGAAACACACAUAUCACCAACCUUCAACUGCAAAGAAGAACAGUCUCCAGUGAUGGAAAUUAAACAGGAGGAAGAAUCUGACUUAAAAGAAGAUUGCCAGAAAUACUCUUUCUGUAAAGGAGAAAAGCCAUAUCAGUGCACUGACUGUGGGAAGAGUUUCAGGACUAGGCAAAUAGUGACUAACCAUCAGCGCACGCAUACAGGAGAAAAGCCAUAUCAGUGCUCUGACUGUGGAAAGGCCUUUAGUCGAAAACAUAGUCUACAGGUACACCAGAUGAUCCACACAGGAGAAAAGCCGUAUCAGUGCUCUGACUGUGGAAAGGCCUUUAGUCAAAGUUAUACUCUAGUACGACACCGGAGGAUCCACACAGGAGAUGAGACAUAUCAGUGUUCUACAUGUGGGCAGCAUUUCACGACUAAAACAGGGCUGACCAUCCAUCAGCACACACAUGCAGGAGAAAAGCCGUAUCAGUGCUCUGACUGUGGAAAGGGCUUUAGUAGUCCAUCUGGUCUCCAGGUACACCACAGGAUCCACACAGGAGAAAAGCCGUUUCAGUGUUCUGACUGUGGACACACCUUUAAUAAAAAGUUUCAUUUAAAUGAACAUCAGAAGAUCCACACAGGAGAAAAGCCAUAUCAUUGCUCUGACUGUGGACACACCUUUAGAAAAAGCUUUCAAUUAAAGGAACACCAGAAGAUCCACACAGGAGAAAAGCCAUAUCAAUGCUCUGACUGUGGAAAGGCCUUUAGACAAAAAGGUAAUCUCACAGCACACCAGAGGAUCCACACAGGAGAAAAGCCAUAUCCGUGUACUACAUGUGGGAAGAGUUUCAAAACUAGCACCGAGAUGACCAUUCAUCAAAACACUCACACAGUAGAAAAGCAAUAUCCGUGUUCUACAUGUGGGAAGAGUUUCAAGAGUGUGAAACAUGUGAGAAAUCAUCAACGUACACAUACAGGAGUAAAGCCGUAUCCGUGCUCUGACUGUGGGAAGGCCUUUAGUCAAAUGUUUCUCCUGAAGAAACACCAAAGGAUUCAUACAGGAGAAAAGCCGUAUUCGUGUCAGGACUAAAGGCAAUCUCGCUGGAUUCCAGUUGCUGCUACUGCCUACACAGUGUUGGGAGUAACAUUUUACAAAAGUGGCAUAAUGUAGGCCUAAUUUGCUGUAACGUGGUAGGCUAAUGUAAGGCAUUCCAAAAACAUAUUUUGUGUAUAUUUUAUUCGGGGACAAACUUCAGUAAUGCAUUUUAACCUGAAAUUAAGUGGUGUUUUGUUGUUAUACGCCUACAAAUUCGCCAACAAUGGCGCGAGAUCAGCAGAGGAGAAAAAAAUCUUUGCAAAUAGUAGAAUGUUAUCUCCUAUCAGGUGAGGCUACUUUCAAGAUGAUUGUGGUUGCAGCCAGUCGGACUCUACAUUUGCGACAUGGACAUAAAGGCCUGCUUGAACAAUAUGUAGGCAGAAUAUUCAUUUAUAUCACAGAGGGUAGGCCUCUGAUCUUGGGUGGACUUCCAAAAGCCGUCUGGAUUAAAAACAUUAGAGCAGAUACAUACCUUCCAAAAUCGCCUGUUUUCCAUUGUGUGUUGACAGCUGCUCGACUGACGACUGGUCGAGUUUUUUUUUUAAACUCCAUUAACUGCAGGCUGUGUCACCCUGGCGUUCGUUAGGACCGUACCACUGGAGGAGGACCGCUCAUAAACUCCCCUUAAUCGUUGCAAAUAUAAACUAGGUAUAGUUGCAACUUCAGAACAGUUUUUGAGUGCUACUUUGUUAAUAUUUGGGAAACUGCGAGUAAGGGGCUGCGACCGUUCUACAUGUAGGCUGCUGACGAGGGCGCAGCAAAUUAACUUCAGAAACAAUAUAUCUUUAAGCAUUCAGACUGGCAUAAAAAGUUAACGGCCCACCGGGAAUCCUCCCAAAGCUCCCGAUAGCCACUCCGGGGCUGCAUUCAAAGCAUUAAAUAACUUUAACAGAUAUUGCAACUGCAUUAACUAUACAUGAGGUUAUUAAAGCUGGUUCCAAAUUAGUCAUUGAAUUAAUAGCUUUAUUUUGUUAUGUAGAAGUAUCUAAAUAACCUGAUAAAAUGUAACAGGAUUCAGGAAAUUCCAUCUAGUCCAAAAAAAUUCAGGGGGAGGACCUCCAGACCCACCGCUGAAAUGUCCCACCCACUUUCAGAAUGCCUCAGACGCCCAUGACUAAAGCAAUUUCUAUGUACUCUGUGUUUCUAUGUACCGUAAAUGUGUGUACCUAUGUAUUUCAUUUCUGUGAGGCUUGUACGGUAUGUGAAAACAAAUUUCCUAUGUAAUGACAUAUAAACUAACUAACUAACAUGUUCCAUCAAAUCUGAACAGCCAUGAGGAAGUGCACAUUAGAAUCAAACAUUAGCAAUACUGAAUUGACUGAAAGGUUAUUUUUAUUAAAGAAAAAACACAACAAAAUGGCUGCUUUUUAAUUGUAAGGUGUUGUGGGAUUAAUAACGAGCUUACUGAGUGUAUAGUGAAAUCAGAAGAGAAACACCUCACAAAAUGACACAUUCUGUAUAAACUAUGCAACAAAAAUAUUGAUGAAAAAGCUAUUUUAAUAUUAAACAUGAGAACUGCAUUGUUAAUAACCUGAGUGUGAAAAUGUUGUUGAACUGAAACUGUCUUGUACAAAACAACACUGCAUGAUGUUGCUGUUUGAAUUAUUAUUUUUUUUACACUGAAUUGCCUGUUAUUAAUGCUUUAAAGCUAAAUAAAAAAAAACACAUCGUCAAAACUA